AUGAAGAUGAAUUUGCUUAUUUUCCUUCUCUUUAAUCUGAUAUACGUAGCAAGAGGAAAUAGCAAGCCAAAUAUUUUGUUCAUAUUUGCUGAUGACUAUGGCUUCAACGAUGUUGGCUACCAUGGUUCUGAGAUAAAAACACCAGUCUUGGACAAACUAGCAAAUGAAGGUGUUAUCCUCGAGAACUAUUAUGUCCAACCAAUAUGUACUCCGACAAGAUCAACAAUGCUUACUGGUCGAUAUCAAAUUCAUACAGGUUUACAACAUGGCGUUAUAUUCGCUGCGCAACCAAAUUCCAUACCUCUUGACGAAACCACAAUCGCAGAAAAAUUAAGUGAAAGCGGUUACAAAACUCAUAUGGUUGGGAAAUGGCACAGUGGAUAUUAUAAAAAAGAGUGCAUGCCAACCUACAGAGGAUUUGACUCUUUUUUUGGAUUACUCAACGGAGUUGGGGAUCAUUAUACACAUAUGCUAAGCAGAGGUGGGUGGAGCGGUUAUGAUCUGCGCAGAAAUGAAACUGUAAGCACAAAGGAAAAAGGACAGUAUUCGACGUUUAUAUUUGCAAAAGAAGCUCAGGAAGUUAUCACGAAUCAUGAUUCCAGUUCCCCAUUGUUUUUAUAUUUAGCAUUUCAAGCAGUGCAUACUCCCUUGCAAGUGCCCGAACAAUAUAUCCAGCAGUAUGAGGGAGUGAUAAAAGAUAAGAAAAGACGUACUUAUGCCGGUAUGGUGUCUGCUAUGGACGAAGCCAUAGGAAAUGUAACCAAAACACUCCAAGAAAAAGGACUUUGGGAUAACACUGUGUUGAUAUUUAGCACUGAUAAUGGUGGUCGUGUGUAUGACGGGCAAAAUAACUGGCCAUUGAGGGGUUGGAAAGGAUCAUUGUGGGAAGGUGGUAUACGUGGUGUAGGAUUUGUGAACAGCCCUUUGUUAACAAAGCCAAGAAGAGUUUCGCAUGAAAUGAUCCAUGUUUCUGAUUGGUUUCCGACUCUGGUGAAGUUAGCUGGUGGUAAUUUGAAAGGUACAAAACCUUUAGAUGGUUUUAAUGUUUGGGAAACAAUAAACACAGGUGAACCAUCUCCUAGAACUGAACUAUUGCACAACAUCGAUCCAGUACAGACACCAUGGUAUGGUAAACCGGGAAGUGGUGGUUAUCAAUGGUGUCCACAGGCCGCAUUACGUGUUGGGGACUGGAAACUACUCACAGGAUGUCCGGGAGAUUCACGUUGGAAUCCACUUCCGAACUCAAGCCUCAACUUGAAUGAAGAAAAUUAUUUGAACAAUGACACCAAAAAGUUGUUUUUGUUUAAUAUUGCCCAGGAUCCUGAAGAACGACAUGAACUAUCUUCUCAAUAUCCAGAGAAAGUGAAGGAAUUAUUGUUGCGACUUGAAGAAUACAAUAGUACUGCAGUGCCUGUACGAUUUCCUAACCCUGAUCCUGCUGCUAAUCCUGCGCUGCAUGGUGGGGUAUGGUCACCAUGGGUCACCUCAGAACAUAGUGGUGUACUGCAUAGUAAUUAUGCAUGCAUGGUUGCAAUGUACUGCAUACUAAUUAUACAUGUAUGGUUGCAAUAAAUAAAGUUGACCAAAGAUCGAUUCGAACUUGCUAUCUUACGCGUGAAUUUAGAAAACUAAUUAAAGUGUUUUAUGCGAUUUAAAUAUUACAAUUAUGAAAACUAUUAUGUACUAUUUAAAACAAGAGUAGGAGUGUCUUAUCAGAUAUAACAUAAAAAACGAUUCAUCUUAUAUGAGUUCAUUGGCGAAGUAAUUUUUAAAAUAAACUUUGUCUAAACCGAGAAAAUCAAAGCUAAAGUUUAUGUAAAUUAACAUGAUUUUUUAUCACAUAUAAAGAUACGACAAGUUUAUGAUUUUUCUUUGUGUUUUCCUCCUGAAUUAUUAAUGAGUUUUUAAGUAUAAAAAUCUUUAUAUAAAAAUCUUUAUAUAGUUUGCAUAACAAUGGCCUUUUGUUAAAGUGUUCUUUAGCUGGUAUAAAGACGUAUGCACGUGACUAAUUUCUUACUCAAGAUUGGAUAAUUUUUGAAUGAUAUAAUUAAAUGGUUCCUUGAGUAGUUAAGAUACAACUGUGUCAUGCAUGUAAAUAUGCUAUCAUUAUAGAAACAGCGGUCAGAAUGAAUAAAAUAGCAAUAGCAAUUUAUUUAAUGUCUAUUAUACUGGAUGUGGUUGCUCAGUUACCCACAGUUAGUAGAAUAGGUUCCAUAGAUAUCUUAUAUACACUAGAUAGCGCAUCUCCUUAAGUAAAAUUGAAGCCAAGAAUAUUCCAGCGGUUACCGCCAUUUGAAUAGAUGGCGGCCAUGUUGGAGUUUCCCACUCGCUAAUAAACGCUUAAAAAACAACAAUAACUUUCAUCAUUUGAACAGUUUGAAAAUGUAUUUGGAAUAGGUUUAACUUUAAUAAUGUUUAAGUUCCCUGUUUAAGAAAUAGAAAACAUACGACUCUUCUCAUUUCAUGGGAAUAUCCUGAGUCUGCAAUCACGGCUUCAAUUUUUGAAUUGCAGAAUAAUUAGAUGCACUAUCUAGUGUAUAUAAGAUAUCUAUGAUAAACGUACUCAAGAACAAAGGGCUAAGGGCGCUUUCCAUUAACUCGGCUAAACCGGACAGAUUGUUGAAUGGAACACAAAACGUUUGGGCUUCGGACCUGGAUGAAAAUAGAAGGAGGCCCAUUUUCGCUAGUCUCCCUCCCAGCCGCUCUUUGUGUCGAGGUUUCUCCCCACGAGCGGUUGCUCACUCGAGCACAACAUUUCAUUCCCUUUGGCUUUGUCUUACGUUAACCAAUCAGAUUUAGCGACAUAAAUAUCUUAAUAAGUCCAAGGAAAGGAAUGUUGUGCUCGAGUUAGCAGCCGCUCGUGAGGACAAACCUCGACACAAAGAGCGGCUGCGAGGGAGACUACAUUUUCGCUAGAUCACAAAAUUUUAAGGUUACAGAACACCUUUGAGUGUUAAUUUUGCCUAAUUUUUUUUAUUGGUUUUCAUGAAAGCAUUAGACUAGUCGUACUAUCUGCAAAAGUUUGAAUGAAAAAUGUUGAAAACUCGCAGAGUUAUUUAACAAAAUACAUUUUGCUGCAAUAAGAAAAACAUUGAAAAUGCAAUAUUCAAAUUCAAUUUUCUUCCGAAACAUUUUACGGCAAUUACUGAUUUUCAAACGAGUUGUUCUCCUGUGGGUUUUAACGAAUUUUUCUCAAAUUUUCACAGGACAUAGCUAAAGACGUCAGUUUCAAAAUUGUGUUCGGCUUUGUUCUAAUUUUGGAUAUUUUAAUAAUGAGCAAUUCACUCAAACGAUUCAGAAAUAUAUUGCAGUCGUCAAAGAAAUCGCCAUAUCAGCGGAAUGACGAAAUAAACAAAAAUUUCCGAACAAAAUUUUUUAGAACAACUAUUUUACUGUAUAAAAAUGAUAUUUUCAUAAAUAUAACUUAAAACCAGCAGGAGCACAACUCAAAAGCGUAACGGUACCGCGAUUUAAGAUUUUCCUGAAUAAUUCUUACAUUAUUUUAUUGUUUGUUAAUUUUAUAACUUUACCAUAUUUUACAUGCACUGGCGAACAUUUGGUGAAAAUUUGAUGAAAAUCGGACUGAUUUUGAGCGCGCAGUAGCGAUUUUCCACAAAACGCCAAAAAGGUCGUUCAAAUAAUGUAUAUUUAGGCCAUAGUGACAGUGGUCCAAACAUUCGUAAGUUCCCCAGAGAGUGCACCGUGAUCGGAAUACCAUGCGUGGUGUUAGUGCUUGCAUUGAAAAAGACUAUUCCGAGUCAGAUUUUGAAAGCUAUAAAGCUGAGAGUAUUUCUUUCACUUGUAGAUUCUUGAAGAAAACAUCGGUUAUUUAGUUGGUGAUAGUUUGCUGGCUGCUGCUUUCCUCUCAUAUGCUGGACCAUUUCUCUCCAACUACAGAGAUGAACUCGUUAUGCAAAACUGGAUCGCUCAGGUAAUUCAAAUUCAUCCGGACUGCAGAGUAAUGUGAUGACUAAUAUUCUAAAAGGUUUAAACUAACAAAAAAUUCUAAUCAUUGAUAUUCAGGUCCGGGAGCUGAAAGUAGCAUGUACGCCAAAGUUCUCUUUUGCUGAAUUUUUAGCCAAGCCAACAACUGUUCGUCAGUGGAAUAUUCAGGUACGUAUAACACUGGGUUUUAUAUUGUAUGAAGUGAACAAGUUUAUACUAUGUAGAUCUUUUUCCUAGGGUUUACCUUCAGAUCAGUUCUCAACAGAAAAUGGUGUUAUUGUUACACGUGGAAACAGGUAUGCACUGUUUUUUUAACAAAUAGACAACAUUUUCCUGUGUCUACCAGGGCUCGACGUUUAUCGCGGCAAUUGCCGUAGAGGGAGAACAAAAUGCCGUAGAUCAUUGUGGCAACGACGGCAAUUUUUUGCCGUAUAGUGCAAUUUUUAUACUAUUCACUGUGCAUUACUAUUUUGAAUUUUUGAUACUUGAAUUCAGAUGUUGACCAAAUAAUGCGUUUUAGUCUCAUGUUUCUAGCUUGUCAAAAACCAAAGUAACAAUAAAAUUAAAGUUUUUUACAGUAAUUUGAAAAAUGCCGUGGAAAAUGCCAAAAUUGCCGUAGACAGCUGUUACGUUUUACGGCAAUUUUUAGCACCAUUGCCGUCGAUUGAUUUCAGGGAAAUUCGAGGCCUGGUGUCUACUUAAGGACAUGUUACACAAGGUAAUUUUUGCUGCAACUUGCAUGCAACGCAAUUUCUGACAUAGAACAUGUUAUCUAAAAACAAUAGUCGCAGGAAAAUUGUGAACAUGGCUCAUGUAUCUAAAUGUUUUGGGACUUUGAAGUGCGACGAAGUUGCAGUUAUGAUAAUGUAUGUAGUAAUACAACAUUUGCAUGCUGUUUGUGUUGACAAAGCUUGCUGGUAUUGUCAGUUUUUAUUGUCAGUUUUUGUUUUUUAAUAAGUAUUUCUUUUACAGGUGGCCACUCAUGGUUGAUCCACAAGGACAAGCGAUAAAAUGGAUAAAAAACAUGGAAAAUACAAAUGUGAGCAAGAAUGUUAAUAUAUACUGCCAAUUUAGUAAAUUAGCUACUAAAGAUAGGUCGACAGAGUAAACCAGUGGUGUAACUUUACUUUUUUGACCACUUGCCCUCAGGGCAAGUUGGACAUGAAAAUUAGUUGCCCUGAAUAAUAUUCACUUGCCAUCAGACAAUAGCCAUUGGGGGUACCUAGGUAGGAGGUAUAAAUUAAGGAGACAACAUGUCGACCCGUUCUCCCACUGCUCUAUAUACUCUAUGUUAUACCCUGCCGCAGAUCUAGCUUUUGCCCACAAAAAAAAAAUUGAAUCAAGUACAUGCACUAUAAAAAAAUUAUCCGACAAUGAAAACAUAAACUUAAAGAUGCCCAGCAUUUUGUAGCAAGGCAAGUUGCCCAAUCGGGCAAGCAAGAUAAAACGUUUAUUUGGACGUCAUGAUAUUCUGCCCUGGGCAAGCGAGCAAAUGUUAAGUUACACCUCUGUAAACCAAAAGUAAACUUGUAAACAACAUGUAAAAUUAGUCCAAUACACUGCAUUCUGAUCUAGUAAAAUUUAUUUAAACUCGAAAUUUUAAAUCUGAUGCAUGUAUAAAUGUGAAUAUCCUUUGUAUGCAUAAUAAGUCACCUCACCUCGUAUUUUUGUAGGGUCUGAAAAUAAUUGACUUGCAGCAAUCAGAUUAUUUGAGAACUUUGGAAAAUGCAGUUCAAUUUGGUUCACCUGUAUUGCUUCAAAAUGUCCAGGUAACUGCAAUUCGUGCAAAAUAUUUAAUGUAAUAAUCCUGAUGCUUAAGAUCAUUACUAUAAGGGUUAAUAUCAGCCACCGCCCCUUCUCAAAUAAAUCGAAUUUGUCUGAGGAUGGAUUUCAGAAGUGGAUGCACAAAGGCCUAGAAUCAAAGGGAAUCCACCCCCAUAGGGAUUUUGCUGUAGAUAGAAAUGGUAAACUAAAUAUAUUAGUAUAUAUUGGAUUGAUGUUGGCACAACCUCUUGACAGCCGGGAACAUAUUUUGAAGAUAACACUAUUGACCAACAAAGUUAAGAACUCCCCAGGAUACAAAUAUUUCUAUAACCUCUUCAUAACCUCUGCUAUUAGCGUUAGGAAGCGUUGCGAGAAGUAUAGUGCUUUUAUCCAACUUUUCACAAUCUUAGCAAGUUCGUGUAUGAUCUAAACAUCUGAAAUGUAUUUUAGCAAAUGUAUGGUACUGUUCUUUACUGUCAUAACGUCACUUACUUUAUAUUCCUUACUUACUUUAUGCUUUUAUAGGAGGAACUUGAUCCCUCGCUUGCACCAAUUCUCAACAAGUCCUUCAUAAAAAGAGGUAA